CAGCCAUGACGCCUCCUGUCAAACCAAAACCACAGAAAAAAGACAGUUGUUUUCGAAAAAGUGUUCUCCUUUGAAGUGUGGAGCACGACAGGUAACACACACACACGACUCAGUACAGGCACACGUCGUUUCUGAAGGACAUCCUCCACUUCCGGUUAGGAAAUUAACUUUUUUGACUGAGAAGAGUCAUGGCAUGCUAAAGGCUAACAGCUCGGCUAACUGUCAGUUACCAGCUCGUCUGUGUGUUUUUAAAGGCACCUGACAGUCGUUCACAUGAUUUUUAACUACACACACAAGCUCUCGCUGACAUUAGGAAACCCGAGCCUGCACCUACAGAUCGGCCUUUGAGGAUCUUUGGUGUCGCCUGAGACACGAGUGACACGGAGGGGCUUGUUAGAGCAACAAGCCACAACAACAACAACAACAACAACAUGUUUGCUAAGAAGAAGAGAGCUCCACAGCCCAGAGGACAGGGAGCUGCAGCCAUGCAGUUUGGUCUGUUUGGAGACAUGAACCCUGAGGAGAUGAUGAUGGGAAUGCAGGACAAUAAUCUGGACGACCCGGACCUGGAGGCUGAACUUGCUGCUAUCACAGGAAACAAAGCUGUUUCCAGGGGGAGAGCCAGGCCGAAGGGCAAGAGUCCUCUGCCCAUGGACGACAUUGCAAAAAUGGCCGAAGCGUGUAUGAGAGACGUGGACGAUAAUGACGACGAAGACUUGGAGGAUGAUGAAGAUUUGCUGGCAGAGCUACAGGAAGUGGUUGGUGAGGAGGAGGAGGAGGAGGAGGAGGAGGCCGCCAGUUCACCCACAUCUGCUGCCUCUGUUCCAGGCUCUGAGGCAGAGACACCGUCAUCACAGCCUCCUCAGCAGGAAGUGAAGGUCUCCUCGGCGCCCCCUGGCAGCCUCCAGCACACCCUGGAGGAGAGGAUCUCCAUGUACAAGACGGCCUCACAGAACGCCAAGAGGGCGGGGGAGUCUUCAAAGGCCAGGAGGUUUGACCGCGGUUUGAAGACGUUGGAGACCAUGUUAGCUGCCGUGAAGAAGGGGAGGCCGGUGAACGAGGCGGAGAUCCCGCCGCCCGUGGCCACCGGAGCUCCCAGGGCUGCUGCUCCUCCUGAGCUCGCCGCUCCUGCACGGCCCGCUCCUCCUCUACCGUCGCCUUCUGACUCCGCUGGGUCAGAUCCGCAUGAGGCCACGACGCCCCCUGCUGCCGCUCCUGUGGUCGUACCAAAGAUCGUGACGCCCACCAGCGAUGAGGAGCAGAGCAGCUGCGCCACCUCCCCACAUCUGAGCAGAGAGACAGAAGAGUCAGCCCCCCCGCUCCACAGCGGUCGGACAGACGGGACCAGGACGAUGCUGUUGGAGCGACAGCGAGAAUACAAGAUGGCAGCUCUGACGGCCAAGAAGCAGGGAGACCUGGAUCAGGCCAAGGUUUUCUUCAGGAUCGGAAAGAGUUUCGAUCCAAUGCUGGAGGCACUGGAGAAAGGACAGAGUGUGGACCUGGGGAGUCUCCCUCCACCCCCAGGACAGGCCUCAGGAGGAAGUUCUGCCUCUGCCCCCCCGCGGGAACCUCCCUCUCCUCAGGACACACAGGUCACACAGUCGACUGCUGCUGCUGCAGCUGCAGCUCCUGCAGCCUCCUCAGCUCCUGCAGCUCCUAAAGAUGCUCUGGAGGCUCUGGAGCAGCGACAGGUCAAGUACGUGGAGGCCGCCGCUCAGGCCAGAGCCGACGGAAACGAGCGCAAGGCGCGAAUGCACGACCGGAUCGCCAAGCAAUACCAGAGCGCCAUCAGGUCCCACAAGGCAGGAAAAACGGUCAACUUUGACGAGCUGCCAGUUCCACCCGGCUUCCCUCCGAUCCCAGGUCACAAAUCUACAGGAGCCGAGCAGGGCUUCAUCGCCGCUCUGGAAACGGCCGACAAACUGACCUCGACCGGUGCCACGAAUGAGGCAGCGAAUGAAGACGAGGAGGAGGAGAGAGAAGAGGAGCCCGCUGUUCCACAGGAGCUGAAGAAAGAAACACUAGACGUCUCCGCUGCUGGUGACAGACGGAAGAGGUCUCCGUCAGCGUCCCCUGACAGAUCAUCUGCUAAAGGAGGACUCUCUCCUACAGGCAUCCAGCAGCUGGAGUUCCUGGAGGGUCGCAAGAAGCAGUACCAGAAGGCGGCGCUGCAGGCCAAGCAGAAGAACGACCUGGAGCAGGCCAAGUCUUUACUGCGAGCGGCCAAGGGCUUCGACCCCAUGAUCGAAGCAGCGCGGCAGGGAGAGAGUGUGGACAUCAGCUCGUUGCCGUCGCCCCCUGGUGACGAUGAUGAGGAUUUCAUCCUGGUUCAUCACAGCGACGUUCAGAUCUCAGAGAAAGCUGAGCAGGUUUACGUGCAGCUGGCAAAGAUCCUCAAAGAGCAGUACGAGAAAUGCAUGACUUACUCCAAGCAGUUCACUCACCUGGGCAACAUCUCUGAAACCACAAAGUUUGAGAAGAUGGCAGAAAGCUGUAAGAAGAGUCUGGAGGUCCUGAGGUUGGCUCAGUCCAGGGGUCUGCCUCCUCCUAAACAUCGCUUUGAGGAGCGCUCCUUCAACACAGUCAGGAUCUUCCCAGAUCUGAGCAGCACUGACAUGGUGGUUAUCAUCGUCAAAGCCAUGAACCUUCCUGCCCCCAGUGGGAUUCAAACCAACGACCUGGAUGCCUACGUUAAGUUUGACUUCCCGUACCCCAGCUCUGAUCAGCCUCAGAAACACAGGACGAACGUCAUGAAGAACACCAGCUCCCCAGAAUUCAACCAGAGCUUCACGCUGUCCAUCAACAGGAACCACCGCGGCUUCAGGAGAGUGGUGACCGUCAAAGGCCUCAAACUGGAGCUGCUGCACAAAGGCGGUUUCUUCCGGAGCGAUAAACCAAUCGGGACGGCCGUGGUGAAGCUGGACAAACUGGAGACGCAGAGUGAGAUCAGGGAGAUCGUGGAGGUGAUGGACGGUCGUAAACACACAGGAGGUCGGCUGGAGGUGAAGGUCAGACUGCGGGAACCUCUGAACGGUCCGGACAAACAGACGAGCUCCGAGCGCUGGCUGGUGAUUGACCAAUCACAGGUUCUUUUGUAAGGAUAAUCUUCCAGACUGGAGUCGGAUCUGUGGAUCAAGGAACUGAUUAAAAAUACUCAGAGGAGCAGCAGCUGGAGGAGGAGAACGAUGAGGAGGAGAACGAUGAGGAGGAGCAUGUUUUUGGAUCGGUCUCUGUUCAGGUUGGUUUCCGGGUCUUCACAGUUAUUGGACUUUUUAUUUUCGCACCUGUCAGACGUAAGAGCGCCCUCCAGCGCCAGGGUCCCGGUCCAAGUAGCCAGAGAACUUUUUCUUCUUCGUCUCCUACAGCGAGGGAUUUCCUCCUACGCUGACGUUAGAGAGCCGCCUGUGGAACCUGCUGCUCACUGCUAGAUAAUCUAAUCCAGAAUAAAUCCAGAGUGUGUAGAUAUUCCUCAUAGAUUAUACGGCUCCACAGCUAUGCACUAACACCAAAGUUAUCACUGUUGCUGUAAAAAAAAAAAAAAAAAAUCCUGCAUCUUCGAAAACAGCUGCCAAAACAACAGGAAAAAAACUGUCAUUUUUUUUUUCAUCACAAUUCUUUCCAGAGUGAAAGUG